AAGAAACGACUCCAGAAGUGAGACUCCUGGUAGGAAUUCCCAAAUCGGGCUCCCGAUCUCAACGCCGGGCAUCUGGCGAUCAAGUCCUCGAGGUACCCAAGUCGUCCGCCGCCGCACCUCCCCGCUACAGAUCGUUUGGCUCUAAUUCGGAGGCGGGAAAUCGUCGUCGGAGAAGAUGAUACUUCCACUGGCGAAGCUCGGGACGCUGACGCUGAAGAUGAUGGCAAAGCCUGUCGCGAUUAGGCUCAAGACAGAGGCCAGCCGCCACCCUAAGUUCCGUCAGUUCAUCAUCAACCUCGCCCAGGCAAACCAUCGCAUUUCGACAAACAUCCAAAGAAGAAUAUAUGGGCAUUCAACUCAAGUUGAAAUUCGGCCGUUGAAUGAAGAGAAAGCUGUUCAAAAUGCUGCCGAUCUUAUCGGGGAGCUAUUUGUAUUCUCGGUUGCUGGGGCUGUUGUGGUCUUUGAGGUGCAAAGAAGUGCCAGGUCAGAGAAUCGAAAAGAGGAGGCUCGUAAAAAGGAAGUUGAGGAACUGAAACAAAAGGAGGAUCAACUGGCUCUAGAAAUCGACACUUUGAAGCUUAGGCUGAGCCAUCUAGAGCGCCUCGCCAACUCGCAGGGCCUCUCCGGAGUUCUUUUCAGGCGUGGCAAUGGCAGCGUGGCAGACCAAAACAAGGCGUCAUGACCAUUUUGACUAAUUGAAAACAAUGAUCUCACGUUACGGGCAGAAUUCUAAAUUCUAAACACAAGGUGUAACAAUUGUCCGGUGUUGUUUGUAAUAUUCAGAUGCGCGUGCCUAGAAGCGCCUGUUGUUAUUCCCCGCUGAUCAAUAGGCGGAGGGCCCGUGCAUAUAGGCAGCAAUGUUGUAUGCCAGGCUACUUUUUACUCACUAGCAAGCAUCGCCUGUUGUAUGUCAGCGAGCUGCUAUCCAAUUGUGCUUUCCUUGAUUGCGAUGAAUAAAUUGCUAGUGAACUUUUCAAGAGUUGCA